AUGGAUAAAAAAUAUACAAAAAUGCAAUAUGAAAUUUAUGAAGAAUUUAAAUCAAAAGUACAAGUCGGAGACUUUAUAUUAACAUAAACUGAUAGUUUUCUUUAUUCACUUGCUAGAUCAGUAUUAAAAAUUGAAUAUGAUCAUUUAUUGGUAUUAAUAAAGGAUGAUCAACUAUUACAUAUUGGUUGGCCUAAAAUAAGGAUAAUAAAUCCGCUUUAAAUAUUGAGUUAAUCAUCUUAAUAUAUUAUAUUUAGACCACAAUAUUAAUAAGGAGAACUUCAAAAAUUUAUCAUGUAUCUUCAAACUAGUUUAAGUGCAGACUAUGAUUAUUAAAAACUACUAAAAGGUAUGCUUAAAAAGUUGGUUAAUAAAAUACCUACAGACCCAAUACCAUUUUAACCUAAUCUAAGAACUUCUAGAGUUUGCACAGAUUUAAUCUUCUAUUGGUUAGAAGCUAGUAGUGCUCAAUUUAGAGAAUUAUUACCGAACUACUUAGGAUAUUUGGAUUAUCCAUUAAUUGGUUCAUUCACACCUGAUGAUAUUAAUACUCUAGCAAAAAUGAAUGUAUUUUUUAAAAUCAUUCAUCAAAAAAAAAUCUAAAAUCCAAAAAAUACAUUCGAAAAUUUAGGGAUAGAUUAUAAAAAUAAAAGUUUUACUCAUUAAUUUCUUGAUGAAAUUACUUCUCUAAAAUAACUUAAAAAGAUUAUUAAAUUGAUCCCAUACCCUCAAAGUUUUAUAGAGUUAUCACAAUCAAUUAUUUUUAUAUUUUAGCUUUAUAACCUCUAUAAUAUGCCAAAAAAGUAAAUAGUAAGAAAUUUAGUUAAAUUUGUAUUGAAAAGAUAUUCAAAAGAUGAAUUAGAUGAAAAAAACUUAAAAAAUAUUGUCAAUAAAGUUAUGGUUUUUGUAGAUAUAACGACUCUUUUGGUCUAACCUUUUUCAUUGAGAAAUUACAUAAAAUUAAUUAAGGGUUUAGUUUAUUUUGCUUUUCCUCAGAACAAAUUUAUUGAAGAUUUGAUUUUUUAAAAGAUUUUUAGUUUAGUUUAUAAAUCAAAGUUGUGA